CGGUUUUGCGAAUAAGUAGUAGAAGAAAAUAACAAAAUGGAUUCUUGUUUUGAAGAAAGAUUGUGCGAGGAGAUCCGCCGUCACCCACAUUUAUAUGACUCGUCUUUAAGGGAAUACAAAGACGGCCAAAUGGUGCUAAACUCUUGGAGGGAAAUCGCGCAGUCGCUUGGGAGAGAUGAAAACCACUGCCGGUACAAGUGGAAAUAUCUGAGGGACAAAUAUGUGAGGACCAAGAGGAAGCAGAAAGGCAGGAGAACAGACAUUGGCCUACCUUCAAUCAUUUCCAAGUUAGACUGGCUCUCCAGUUUUAUCAAACAUCGUGAAGCACCGACAGGAGCGGAAAGUGAAUCCGGACAUGCGCAUGCGCGGAGCGCCAGACCAACGCGCACCAGCAGCGACGCCGCGUGCGCGUCCGCGCGACCAGUACAAGUCCGCCGCUGUCCGCGUUCAGAAAGCCUGCUGUCUGAGCCUCAUCUUCCUGUGUCAUCUCUGCACCUCCUGGUUCCUCCACUGAGGCUGAUGUCAGCUUGCAUGUGGCAGGUUGCCCAGGAGCGAAAUGUAGACCAGUAUGACAAACUGGCUGAAUUCAUCACACUGGUGACAGAGAUGGUCCCAGAGCUUCUCAAUUACAAACAGAAGACUCAGCUGAUCCUGGGACUAAAGGCGCGGCUGAUCCUUGAAUCCCUAAAGAGGACGGAUAAUGUUGAUGAUAAAACUAUCCAGUAUCAUCUGAACAGUUUCCAAAAGAUGACAACAAACAUCAUGCAUGAAGAGGACGAAGAUGAAGAGGUAGAGAUUUCAAAGUCGGCAUUUGUGGAGCUGGUUCAAACACUGCUGACAGACCAGUCUGAAAAAGAGCAUUUUUUCAAGGAGAUUUAUUUGGUGCUUUAUGGGGCUCGUUUUGAUACAGUGCUGCAGAUCCUGGUGUGGGAGUUCUUCUGCCGCCUGGAGGAGUUCCUCCCAGUACCAAGUUUUUCACAGGUAUUCUCCAUGUUUGACGUUUCUUCCCUUGAUUGUGAGUUUGAGCAGUUUGUCUCCGACCCUGAGGAUCUGAAGAGGAUUUUGCAGCACCAACAAGAGCGACAAAAGUUGAAUAAAAGUGAAUUCACCUUCAUGUCAGACACUAUCCUUGCCACUCUGGCAUCUAAACAGACUUUAGUGGCCGCUGAAGAUCACGUUGAGCAAGGUGGAGAUGGGAAAACACAGGAAAGAAAUCAAGAAAAGCUAGAAGAGGACGUUUGUGGGGAUGAUGAAGUAACUGACGACAGUUCUAUUGAAACUAACCUGAACUCUCGGCUGCACAAGUACGACUUGUCACCGCUCACUUCCUCUCUAUGUUCCGAAGAAGAUGGUGCGGCAGAUGAUGGCAAAACAGCUGAUGAAGCCACGUUACAGCCAACCAAAAGCCCGGUGGAAAGUCUGAGGGAACAUCUGGAACUAAGUAGAAAGAAGGAGCCAUCAGAAAAGAGCACGAUGCAGUCCUCAACAGGAGACAGAGCCGAUGUCUCUCUUGUCUCAGAUGAUAACACCUGCUCGGAGUGUGGCAAGACUUUUGCAAAUCGCUCCACUUUGAAACAACAUCGUGCUGUUCACUCCUCUGCACGGCCGUUCAAGUGCAGUCAGUGCAGUAAGACGUAUAAAAACCAGAGAGACCUGAACCGGCAUUUGCUUAGUCACUUUAACCCUAAAAUCCUGUCUUGCAGCCUUUGUGAUAAGAAAUACAGCUCUCAGGCUUCGCUCACAGUUCACCUGCGUCAUCACAGCGGAGAGAGGCCGUUUGCCUGCUCAUACUGUGACAAGAGGUUCUUCAGGAAUGAAGUCUUGAAGUCUCACAUGCGCAUUCACACUGGUGAACGCCCGUACGCCUGCAAUUAUUGUGACAAGACAUUCACACAGCCGGGUGUGCGCGCUGUGCACCAAAGGGUGCACAAGAAAGAGAAGCCGUACCUGUGCAGCACAUGUGGGAUGUCAUUUUGUAGCUCUGGGGAAUUGCUGGUGCAUUCACGCACUCACACAGGAGAGCGGCCUUAUCAGUGCGACUCCUGUGGAAAACGUUUUGGCAGAGCAGGACAACUGACACUUCAUCGGAGAUCCCACACGGGGGAGAGACCAUACCCUUGCUCAGAAUGCGAAAAAUCGUUCCACUGUAGUUCAGGACUGAGGAAACACAUGAGGACACACACAGGAGAGAAACCUUACCAGUGCGUGACAUGUCACAAGACAUUUUCUGAAAAAUCCAACAUGAGGAUACACCUCAAAGUCCACAAGAACUUCUAGCUUGCUGUUGUGUGUUUUUGGAGAAGAUUUUUGCAUAUUGCUGUAUCUCUGUGGUAGAUUUUUGAUGCAUCUUCAUGUCAGUAAAUCACCAACAUGUAUGUUUGCAUGUAAAUGUUGCCUUUGAACACUUGGAAUAUUACAUGUGUGAAAUAAUGGUUAUCUCAUGUUUUGAGAGAUCAUAAU